GACCGCCGGGCGUUUGCCAACACAGUGGGCAUAUGUUGAAAAAUGGCUGACACAAAUUAAUUUUCAAGUGAUUUGUUUUGUGCAUUUUCGCUGGUCUUAAGGAUGAACUCAGCGCCAGGAUACUUAAAGCAGAAAGCCGAAUCUAUUAGAGCAUAAUGCUAAUUUAAUGCAUAGACCGAAACACACAGAAAGGUGGGUAAAUCGGGCCCAAAAAGCGAGUGGAAAUCGUGUGGAAAAGUACAAAUGUGAAAAGACACAUACAAAAUACAAAAGGGCCCGCUCUCGUGUCCGUACGUGUGGCUGCGUGUGCAUGUGUGUGUCGGCGGGGCAACAACAAAUUCGACGAAAAAGGCGCCACAUUAAUGAGCUCGUGUUAAUCAGACAAAUCCAUCGAUAAACCGAAUGAAACCGGAACAACCAAAAGCCGGCAAAUCGAACUGAAUGUCCCUUUCUUUCAGAAUAGACUGCGCACAAAAAAAAUCAGCCCAUCGAGCACCCACCACCACAUACACAGCCGCAAUGAUGAACAACCACUAUCACUUGCAACACGAUCACCCGCCGCCAAACGUGGCACAUCAGUACUUGCAGCAGCAGAGUGUUGCCGGAGCAGGAGUUCCUCCCCCGGCCACCACCUAUGGCUACUUGCCCCAGUCUACUGGCCAACAGCCGCAGUGGAUGACCACCACGUAUCAGAUCCUGCCGCCCACCGGAGGUCCCGCCUCGGUGGCCAAGCGCUACUACGCCACCAGCGGAGGACCUCCGGCCACUCAUCCCAGCACAAUCCAGAUCACCAACAGCUUCGCCCAACAGGCCACGCCAACGAAGCAACAGGCGGCAACCAGUUCCAGUCCCUUUAAAGCCAACAACAUACGCAUCAUAUCGACGGCGCCGAAUGUCUACAGCCUGAACAAAUCGUCGCAGGAGCCGCACUCAAUCUACGCGCCCGUUCAGUCGUAUUAUUUGCCAAGUGGAGGAACCCCAGCGGCGGGACAACUCAACAUAAUGGCUGCCAGUGGAACGGCCAAGCAACUGCAACCGCCGCCGUUGGUGCCGGUGAGCAACUCUUCCUCGCCGCCAUCCACUGUCUUACUAGACCGCAUCAACAUUUGCAUCAACAACCACUACGCGGAGACACCCGCCUCCUUGAGUUCAUCACUGAGCACGGCCCAGCAGCCGUCGCCCAUCAUACCGGCCAUCCAGCACAAGGCCAUCCUGCCCCUCAUCGACAGCAGCACGGCCGACAGCAGCAGCUGCAGCAGCAGUUCAGUUUCCAGCAGCAGCUAUGGUGGUGCCACGACCACCUCGGCGGCCUUGGUUAUUGUGGAUGAGCCGGAUUCCACGACCACAACGCCGCAGACGCCACCAACUACGCCGGAGACGAUGAGUUCGCCUGGAAAGUCCUUGCCCUCGCCUCCACUGCUGGCCACGCAAUCGCUGCUCAAGGCCGUCAGCCAAAUGAAGCCAAGCUUCAAGGCCGUCGAUGCAGCACCGCCAACACCGCCAACUCCUCCUUCACCUCCGCCACCGCCACCAGUUGUUAAUUCUCCGCCGGCAAUCACGUAUGCUCUGCUGGAGGACGUCUUUAUCAAGUGCAACGACGGAAGGUUUUACUUGGGAACUAUUAUUGAGCAGUCGAGUGAGCAGUUUCUCAUUCGUUUCGAUGAUCAGUCGAAGCAAUGGUUCGAGCAGGGAAAGCUGCGCAAGCUGGGCGGAAGCAGUUCGACGAGUGGUGGCGGAGUAGGCGGUUCCAGUUCGGACACAUUGAGUACCUCUACUACUGGUCCCAUGUGCGUGGCCUGUAAGCGAUCGGACGUCGAGGAUGUGGUGGAAAUCUGCGAGCGUUGCGGACGUGGCUAUCAUCGCGGAUGUACCACCGAAAUCGUUACCGGCAGCGGAAUUUGGAGUUGCAAGCGAUGCGCGAAGCCCAUGAAAAUGCAACAGCCGCUGAACCAUAAGAUCACAAAGCCGGUCGGAAUUUGCCGCCAGUUACCUUACCAUGCGGAUAAGCUCAGCUGGGAUGAGAAGCAUCGGGUCAACGAGGAGCAAAUUUACUGCUAUUGCGGCAAGCCGGGAAAAUUCGAUCACGACAUGCUGCAGUGCUGCAAGUGUCGCAACUGGUUUCACACCCAAUGCAUGCAGAACUUUAAGAGGAAGCUGCUGCGCGGCGACACGUUCUUUGUGUUCUGCUGCACGGUGUGCAACAAUGGCGUAGAGUUCGUCCGACGUAUGCAAAUCGACUGGGUGGACGUGCUCCACAUUGCGCUGUACAAUCUGCGCAAGCACCAACACCAGAAGUACUAUCACCUGCUGAAGGACAUUUGGCCCUUUAUACUCGAGAAACGUAACCAACUGCCCAUCUGCGAGAAGUGGCGCACCCUGACGGAAACGGCACUGAUGGAGCGCAUCAAGCUCACCCUGAAGGACUAUUCUGAAAGAUUUGUAUGCGGCAAGGAGUACAAACGAGCACCGGUCUUCUAUGCGCUUCGGCACAGUGGCCCGCCAAUCACUCCCAAGGUGUUUUUGCAGCCCCACGAAGAGCUGUCCGAUGAGCUGCUGGUUAAAAAUUUCAAGCUGGUUUUGUUGCCCGUGGAGAAGAGGGAAAAUGGAGAGGAAUCUUUAAAAAGGGCUCCAAAAGAUGUGUACGAGUUCCAUACGGACGAGGAUGAGCCAGUCGAGACGAGUGAAGACGAGAUUUCCAUUAAGCAGAUCAUCGAAAAGUCUAAAAAGGAGGCCGACCAGAAGGCUGAUGAGCAGAAUGAGCUACCACUGAAGCAGAAAAAGCCGGUAUCCGUCGAGACGGACGCUCUCGACCUCGCCGACGACAAUGCUAACGAUGGCGAUCCCGGCAAAUUGCCAGCACCCAUUCCACCAUUGAUGGACGCCAACAGUAGCCGAAAACGCAAGGCUUUCCGUUUGUCCAAGCGCUAUGACAACAGCCGCAACCACUGUGAUCUUUCGUCCGACGAAAACUCAAGUAGCAGUCGAGGCACCAGCUCACUGGACCUCAUCAUACCUCCGCCGGCAAAUUUUCUGGGACGCAACAAUCCCUUCCUCAUGGCCACUCCCAAGAAGACGGCACAGGGAAGAAGUAUCAGUGUGGGAGCUGGAGUCGGGGUGAAUGGCAUCAUCAACAGCAUUUUCAAGCUUAAGGGCAACUCCAAGGAGCAGCCGCGCAUGGUGCGUGCCAUUAAGCGAAGACUGAGUGCCAAAGACAUAACCAUAGGGCCCAAUCAGGAGGUGCGCAGGCGCCGUACUCGCCGCCUGACCACGGCGAUUGAGGUCAUCAGCACCAACACGAUCAAUCCCAUACCCAGCCACUACGUUCCUCUCUAUGCCAAAGAUCUGCAGCCUCCGGCGCCGCCAAUGGGAAAGCCAACACACGGACGACUGUUGCGCCAGCGUCCGCAAAAACUGUCGCCCAGCCAAAGCCGCCGAAACUCCACCAGCUCGACGGCAACCACCGGCAGCAGCAACGGGAUUGCAGCUCCGGGACAUUCCAUGCUGGAUCUAAAGCAGUCGGUAAACAAGUAUUUCGGCGGCGCCAUGAAUCGCAUAGAUGCCGGCGAAUCAUUUGCCAUUCGGGCCAAGCGGCGCAUUGGGAACGGACAGGUUCAAUACCUUGUGGAGUGGGGAGGAGAUGCUGCGAUCGGAUCGAUGGGAAACUAGACUCUUUGGCAUACCGACUCAUGUUUACUUAUAUAUUUAUAAUUUUUUUCAUUGUCAUUAUCAUUUUUAUUUUAUUUUCUUACUAUCGCUGCCAACUCCGGGCCUCUUUAUUUGUUAACGUUUAAAAGUUUAAUACCAAUCCACUGCCAAAAUAGCAAAAGAAUGUUCAAAAUAUUGGUUCAGCAUUAAAGCGGUUAAAUGUUAAAAUGUAAAAAAUUUAAAUGAAAAAGCAACUGAAUACAGGUUAUAUUUGUGCAAUGGCAGUUAAUUGUUGCAGCAAAAUUUAAGAAAAUUUCCACAAAAUUGGUAAAAGUAUUACAAGAUUUAUCUGGAACAUUCGCUGCUGAAUGAAAACGUAUUAAAUAAUGUCUAUUAAAGGAGAACGAUUCAGUUAAGUUCAGUUACGUAAUUUAGCUAUAUGCCCAUAUAUAUUUUUAAAAAAUAUAUGUUGAAAGGGAAACUCUCACACAAAUCAUGUUAUGCAUACAAAAAAUACUUGAUAUACACACAAGUUUAAUGAAAUUUAAAACUAGUUUAAUAAUAUUCGCCGAUAGACUAGGGAAAACUACACAAUAAUGAAUUAAGCAAGUACAUUAUAUGUUUAACUAUUAAAAGCUACACAAAAUCAAAAUUGAGUUGAACGCAAACAAAAUCUCAAGCUGGCGUAAAUGUUUACCUAAACCAGAGCGAAAUAUGAUAUGAUUUGAUGAAGUAUAUAAUGCCCAAAUAAAUGUUUCGAAAAGUGCAA